AUGACGAAGAAAGGGGGUGGUUCAAAGAAAGCUGGGAGAACCCCUCCGAAGAAGCAUGUUGUGAAACCUAGUGCAAGUGGUAGUAGGAAGAAGAAGAGGCAGAAGAUGGUGUACCAGGAGGCAAGUGAAGAUCUAGAUGGCGUACAAUGCAGUGAGGAGGAAUGUAGUGAAGAGGAGUCCUCCUCCGAGGAGUCCUCCUCUGAGGAGUGCUCUGCUUCACCUUCUGCGUCAUCCACGGAAGGGUCAGAAGGUGAUUCCUCGUCUUCAUCUUCUUCUUCGGAGGAGGAAGAGCCAAGAAAGAGAAAGAGGAAGAAGUCCUCGAAGAAGGCCUCGAAGAAGGUUUCGAAGAAAAAGAACAAGAGUGCCGGGGAGAUUGUCAAGGCACGUAAUCGUGUUGUCUUGACGCAUUUACGAACUUGUGAAAAGGCCCCUAAAAUUAUUUGCCGGGUCGAGUCGUUCGUCAAGUUAAUCAAGAAACUGGAUGAUUCAAGACGGGAAGAAGUAGAGAAAAUGGGUUUCUCGGGGUUGUUGGAAAUGAAGUUGGGGAAGUUGGACAGGAGAUUCUGUUACUGGUUGAUGACCAGGGUAGAUGUUGAGGGGCAUGUAGAGUUUGGGGAUGGGAAUGUGUUCCGGUUUACCCCGCAACAUGUUCAAAGGAUUUUUGGGCUGCCAAUGGGAACGAAGGAUGUUCCUGCACCUGUGGCAAUUGAUUGGAAGGAUAAGAAAAUGGUACGUCCUGCCAUUAAGCUAUUUAAGAUGUACGGUACUGGAGUUGCUGAUCCUUCGAAGGAUAUGGUGUUGUUGGCGAAGGUAGCCAAAGUUGUGGAGGGGGAGAAAGAUUCAGCGGGGGAGGUUAUACCUCUAAGUACCCCUGGUGAGAAGCUAGCAUUUAGGAAUGCAUUCUUGGCUGUGGUAGUGGGCCACUUACUUUGCCCUACAGCCAUGUGCACCAACCUGUCACACAAAUUGAUGGUUGUUGUUUCGUUGGGUGGUGUGGCAGAGGAGUACGAUUGGUGCACGUGGACUUAUAAUAGGCUGAUGGAACGUGUGGAAGUGUUUUUGAAGAGUUUUUACGAUGAUGGUUAUGCUCGUGGAUGCGGUGGCUGUGUUGUGGCCUUAAUGGUAAGAUUUGUGUCACAUUUUAAUUUAUUUAUUUGA